UAAAACUUUCAGCGUCUUGCUCAGACUCCCUCCGUUUUUCCGAAUUCUGAUUUUUAUUUAUUUAUUUAUUUUUUUAAAUACAUACACACUUGAGUUCUCGUUGUCUGUUUCUUCUAUUGUCUCUGAUUGGCCAUGGAGAUCACUCUGUCUUCGGCAACAGCAAAAAGCUAUUUGGGCUCUUUUUCACCAGAUUCUUUGCUGCUUAAAAGAUCAAAACUUUCUCAAUGGGAUCAAUAUUCAAUCUCCUUUUCUCAAACCAAAAGAAUUGAACAAGCGUUGUUUGGUCAGGCUGUAUCUCUCUCGCGGAAGAAUAACUUUGUGAAGGUUAUUUCUUGUAUAAAAAAGGAAGCUUUUAUAGUAGAGGGCAGGUCUAUUGAUGAGAUAUACGACGCGUUAGCUUCGCGUCUUCUUCCAACAGCGGCAGUAACAGCGAAUCCCGAUUACAAAUAUAUUGUUGGUUUGGCUGGUCCCCCCGGCUCUGGAAAGACCACUCUAGCAUCCGAAGUAGUGCAGCGGUUAAACGAGUUGUGGCCGCAAAAGGCUUCUUCGUUGGAUUCUCAAGUUAAGCCUCUAAAUGUUGCUACAGUUCUUCCGAUGGACGGAUUCCAUCUUUAUCGUUCCCAGCUGGAUGCAAUGGAGGAUCCAGAGGAAGCCCAUGCAAGAAGGGGAGCUCCGUGGACAUUUAACCCUGAGAUACUGCUUACAUGCCUCAAGACUCUGAGAAAUCGGGGAUCAGUUUCUGCACCUUCAUUUGACCAUGGUGUUGGAGAUCCAGUGGAAGAUGGUAUCUUUGUGAGCCUUGAGCACAAAGUGGUUAUAGUAGAAGGAAAUUAUUUGUUUUUGGAAGAUGGUACUUGGAAGGAAAUAUCAGCUUUGUUUGAUGAGAAAUGGUUCAUUGAGAUCGACAUCGACAAAGCUAUGCAGCGAGUAGUAAAGAGACAUAUCUCAACUGGAAAACCUCCAGAUGUUGCUAAAUGGAGGAUAGAGUACAAUGACCGGCCCAAUGCAGAGCUUAUAAUGAAAUCAAAAAGGAAAGCGGAUUUAGUGAUCAGAUCAGUUGACUUCUGAAGGUGAAACUUGUUGCGUAAACCAAUAAAUGAAGGUCACGCAAAGUGAUGGAAGACGAUAAACCAGAAGUCAAAUUUCCAUAUUAAUUUUAUUGUUUUAUGCUAAAUCCAUGGACACUAAACUGGUCAUAUUUGAUUCAUCUAUGCUUGGAAGACGGCUUCAAUGUUGCAACUAUUAUGCUUAAUAAUAUAUAUAAAGGUUGU